CCGUUCUUCCCACUCUCAGGUUAAUUUGAAACACAAAGCAUUAACUCCAUUUCCAUCAUCAUUCAUUCAUUCAUUACACUCUCACGCACACUUCGUGAAACACAAACGCGCUUCUUCUUCUCUCUCUCUAACAGAUCCCUCUGCCUCACCACUCAAAUGCACCUCCAUUGUUAACCACCCCUCACCGCCGCUAAACGACGCCGUUUCACUUAACCUUACAUGCUUUGCUUCUUCCGCCACCUAAGAACUUAACCUUCUUUUUCAUGCUUAUGCGCCACUCUCUGCUUCUCCAAGUUAAAUCUGAUUGUAAACGAAGAUCUAGAAUCUUCUAGAAGCAGACUGCUGAGUUUGGAUCUGUGUUUUUUCUCUCUCUCGAAUGGUUCGAGUAGAGAGAAUUUGUUAGGGUUUUCGAUUUUUCCGUUAAUAUCUGUUUGCUGCUUUGUGUGCCACUGAUGACUACUAAACGCGCCUACAAGCUGCAGGAAUUUGUGGCGCAUGCUUCCACUGUGAACUGUCUUAAAAUUGGGAGGAAAUCGUCUAGGGUUCUUGUCACUGGUGGUGAAGAUCACAAGGUCAAUCUUUGGGCUAUUGGCAAACCUAAUGCUAUACUGAGUUUGUCAGGGCAUACUAGUGGGAUAGAUUCUGUAAGCUUUGAUUCCUCUGAAGUGUUGGUAGCCGCCGGAGCUGCUAGUGGCACUAUAAAACUUUGGGACUUGGAGGAGGCAAAGAUUGUUCGUACUCUUACUGGUCAUAGGUCCAAUUGUACAUCAGUGGACUUCCAUCCUUUUGGAGAGUUCUUUGCAUCUGGUUCUCUAGACACUAAUCUUAAGAUAUGGGACAUCAGAAAGAAGGGUUGCAUCCAUACUUACAAGGGCCAUACGCGUGGGGUAAAUGCAAUUAGGUUUACUCCAGAUGGACGAUGGGUUGUUUCAGGUGGAGAGGACCACACUGUGAAGUUAUGGGAUCUGACUGCUGGAAAACUCUUGCACGAUUUUAAGUGCCAUGAGGGCCAGGUCCAGUGUAUAGAUUUUCAUCCCAGUGAGUUUCUACUGGCAACAGGUUCUGCAGAUAGGACAGUUAAAUUUUGGGACCUUGAAACCUUUGAGCUUAUCGGUUCAGCUGGUCCUGAGACAACUGGAGUUCGUUCACUUACUUUCAGUCCUGAUGGGAGGACCCUACUUUGUGGUUUACAUGAGAGUUUGAAGGUUUUCUCUUGGGAGCCUAUAAGAUGUCAUGAUAUGGUGGAAGUGGGUUGGUCUAAAUUGUCAGAUCUUAAUGUUCAUGAAGGGAAACUUCUUGGUUGCUCAUACAAUCAAAGUUGUGUGGGAGUCUGGGUUGUGGACAUUUCGCGCAUUGAACCAUAUGCACUUAGUAAAGGAAACAAACUAAAUGGGCAUUCAGAAACUAAAUCGUCAAGUGGAAAUAUGGCUGUACUGAAUGAGAUCACAGCUAAGCCUAGGCUAUCUGUUUCUCAAAAUCCAGAUCCAUUACUAAAGGAAACAAAAUCUCUUGGAAGGUUGUCAGUUACUCAAGAUCCAGAUCCCUUGAAGGAGGGAAAAUCUUUGACAUCCACAGGAAGUGCACCAAGUACUCCUCAAAGGAUCAAUUUGAACUCUGGUCCCAAGUCAGCAGCAUCUGGUGGUUCAACAGCAGUGAUUAAUGCAGCUCAGAAGAGGAGCUCUUUGAAGUCUCAUAUAACAUCCAAUGUACCACUUAUCAAUAAACCAGAUAUUAUACCUGUAAUUGUCCCCAGAACUAGCGUGAGGCCAGAGCUUAUAGUAGAUUCCAGAAAAGAAGCCGGUAUUGUUGAAAGAACAAUGCCAUUCUCUUUGCAGUCAAAGGCAGCAGAUAUACGCAAGUCUCCAAACAACAGAGAUGAUGUGGAUAAGUUACGCCUCAGUCCUGUAACUGAAUCUGCAGCUUCCAAGGGUAGUGAAUUAAGUGGUUUUGAAGAUAAAAAUAAUUUCCCAGUUGUAGUAAACUCAAUGCAAGAUGAAUCUCGGGGGCAGAAAUUGAGUAGAGACAUAUCUUCUGUCGAAGUACAAAGAGGAGGGAGAAUGCGCUCACUUCUCAAUUUGGAAAAGAGAGAACGAUCUCUUAAUUAUGAAGGACCUAGGCCAGGAAUUUCACACAGGAGAAUAUCAUCUGUACAGCUUCCUUUCAGUGGGAGAGAACCUUCUAUAUCCACCGAGAAGGCCACAGUUUCUGCUAGUGAUGAAGAUUCUAUUGCUGAUGUGAUGGAACAGCACGAUCAAUUUCUCAGUUCAAUGCAGGCUCGCUCAGCCAAGUUACAAGUGGUCUACAGAUGGUGGCAAAGAAAUGAUGUUAAGGAGGCCAUUGAUGCAGUGUCGAAGAUGAAUGAUCAUGCUGUGAUUGCUGAUGUUGUUAGUGUCAUAACGGAAAAAAUGGAUAUUGUUACGCUUGAUGUGUGCACUGGUCUGCUGCCACCACUGACUGACCUUCUACAAAGUCAAAUGGACAGACAUCUAGAAAUAUCGUUAGAAAUGCUAUUGAAGCUGGUCAGAACUUUCGGUUCUAUGAUUUAUUCGGCCGUAUCAGCUGCACCAUCCGUUGGUGUUGAUAUUGAAGCAGAGAAAAGGCUAGAACGUUGCAACGCGUGCUUUGUAGAGCUUGAAAAGGUCAAACAUUUUUUACCUUCUCUUACAAGAAGAGGAGGAUCAAUCGCAAAGUCAGCGCACGAAUUAAAUCUGGCUCUUCAGGAUGUUUCAUGAUUCCGUGUAUUCACUUAUUUCCUCAUGUGCUGCUCAAAAGUUUCAGGGGUGCUAAUAGGGGUUUGUGCAUUUUAAAGAUUUCAACCUCUACAUAAGUCACCGGAUAGGUUUUGACUGCACUUGGAUGAAGAAGCCAUGUAUUGGUUAGGCCUUCAGAUUCAUGGCAAGUGAAAACACCGAUAAUUGGUGCUCACAUUCAUGAUAAGAGUGGAGGCACAGUUAACUACUGAUUCUACGACACAAGCCAAGGCUUUGAGACAUGUCUUGUCACUCACCCUCUACUGAUGGCUGCAUAGUUCUGACAACUAUAACCUUAUUUGUCAUCUGCUUGAUGUAAAGAUCUCACCCCAGUUUGACGACUGACCUCUAUUGUGUAGUGCAAAAGAUACUCCUAUGAAUGAUCUAAUGUUAUUUGAGAA